CCAGCCUCCUCACGCCCUCGCCUGUCCUACACCAAAAACCCAUCUCCAAACCGGGGCCGAGUCCGGACAUUUGUCGCCGUUUCUUUGCUUCACGUUAACCAAUAGCGGCUUUUGCCCCAACACACGCACUUCUUCCGCUCGCUGCGGUCGGUAACGCUCUCAACCUCAUCAUUUUGGGUGGCGGUUCCGACCCAAGCCCUGCCUGAAACACGCACAGGUUCUCAUCGCCAACUUCAGCCCAUCUACUUAUCUAUCGCGGCAAUUAACUGUUCUCAUCAUACCCCAAUAACCCAUCCGACUACCUUACGAUUUACGACACUCCAAACAACCGCCCGUGGCCGAUUCCUCCGCACCAUCAAUAUUGUCCGAGUUGACCCCCAUUGCACGCGAUAACUCAACAUCAUACUGCCCUGCGCGCCGUUCCCCCACCCAAAGCACAUAGAACUGGCAUCCGUAUCAAAAAGAGGAGCAGAUAUUCUACGAUUUCCUUUUUUGAAGGGCCGAUAUAAUCUCAUACCUCAACCACUUCUUCACACCACCCACAACCGGCAAACAUGAGAGAGGUCAAUUUCAGCAUACCGAACGUCAAUAAGGCGUCCGUGGGAAUUACCACUGCCUUAUAUGAUCGCCGGGCGCUUGACUGUACUUCAACAUUACCUCUUAUCGACUCACUCAAUCAUCUCGCCUACCUAACUACAUCCUCCGCAAGAAUCCGCGACAUUCUCACCGUCGAUGGAGGCAUAGAACGAUUAGUCUGUAUCCUGAAAGAGGGUCGCAGCAAAGAUAUGAUGGGUAUAUGGAAAUGGAAUCUCGCAUUUCAGUGUGUAGUAAAUAUCGGUGUGCGUGGCACUGUUGACGUUCGCACUCGUGUCGUUGAAGCCGAUAUGGUACCAGUCAUCGCCACCAUUCUCGAUAAUUAUAUGCAAGUCAUCGAAAGAUGCCGGGUCAAAGCAGAAGCUCUUAAGAAAAAGUUGAGAGAACAGCAGGAGCAAAGCAAGGUCGUGGAUACACAAGUUGGAAUCCAUAGCGCUGCUACUCUCACACAUGCCGCGACUGGAGACGAGGGGGCCUCACUUAUUAGACGACCACCGCCGCCCUCGAUCGAUAUUGCGGCGGCCCACGCAGGCCCCUCAGUGGGAAACAUAUUUAGACCAAGGGAGAACACUACCUCCUUCAACACACCUGCAACGGACCACCUCGCUAUGAGAUCAGGCUCUUACCCAACCAGCCGUGGAACGGAUUCUCAGCACGGAUCCACACCUACCAGCAGACAAGUCGCUGCAUCAGCAAAUACACUGCUAGAAACAUCCGAUGGUGUGGUACGGCCUGUAAGAGAUGUCGAACGUCUCGCAUCGAUGACUCCUUUCGGCCGAUUGGAUACCUCCUCAAGAUCCAACUCUCCUACGACGCCGCUACCCCCGCCCCAGAUGCAGUCACUCACAGCCCGAGUUACGGAAGCCAUAGAAACCAAUGCAAGACAGCGAAGACCUUCGAUCAGACACCAGGAUUCCACUGCUGAGCAGCUCGAGAGCAACACUGAUAGCCUACAAUCAGCGGAGUCUCCUGAUGCAGAUAUGACUGGAACUGCAGAUAUACGUUCUCCAGUUGGGAUCCAAGAUAUUUCCAUGGACGAUGGAGAACGAAUUCUAGCUGAUGAGACAAUUGAACUUGAAGUCCCUACUGGUUCAGAAACGCAAGAUCCCGACACAUUUAAUAUAUCCCAUCGCUCACCUAUGGACGGAAGCAUUGCGAACAAUGCCACUACAACUCCAGUGCCUCCAAUCGGCCUCUCCCCUGGCCCAGGACCACUAGCGACGCCGCAACCUACAAUGACAAACCCCUCUCUACCGCGGUACCUCAAUGACCAACUAGUUAUACCUGGACCUCAUUUAUUAUCUGUUAUGCCGCGCGAAGAAGAUGUGCUCAUGUCUCUUCAGCUCCUGGCAUAUGUUUCGAAAUAUGGUGGCCUCCGCUCCUACUUCCAACAGAGCCAUCUCGUUCCCCGACUUACUAUUGGUAAAGAACUUGCCAGGCUUGACAAGGUUGAGAAGGAAGAAGAUGAGCCAAAUGAGAAGGUCGUCGUCUCGAAGGAUGGUUGCGACCAUUGCUGUCAUGACGAGGAAACGCACUCCGGAGACUGCCACGAAAAAGACGACGAGACUCUCGCAGAUGAAGAGUAUCUGCUUGAGAAUGACUUCAACCUCUUUCCGCUUGUUGAAAAAUUCACAGUCAAAUAUAGUAACCCCGAUAUGCAACGAUAUUUUAGCACAGACAUGCAGUAUUGGGCGGGAGUUGUAAUGAGAAAUCUUUGCCGCAAAGAUGAAGAGCGAGGCGGUAUCCGACAAUGCGCCUACUACCAAUGUGGAAAGUGGGAAGAAUACACGCGACAAUUUGCAAAGUGUCGACGCUGCCGACGGACAAAGUAUUGCAGCAAAGAGUGCCAGAAGAGUGCUUGGGCAUACCAUCGUCAUUGGUGUGUCGCAACUUCCCAAUAACCUAGAUGAUACUGGAUAUGCUUCUCCCACCAAUGACCACAACCGGUCAACUCGAUAACUCUUAUUUUCAUAUCUUUUAUUGUGUCUUGCUGUUCUAUUUUACAGGACAGCGAAAGCAUGGCAUGCGCAGCGGCUUAUCAUUGCCAGGUACUUAGUUUGAUACCUAGGAAACCCUUCAUAUUUACGGCGCCAGGGUAUGCAUCAUAACUCUAGAAAGAACAUACCAAUAAAUAUACUGCUUUUUUUUCAGUUUCACAUACACGUCGUAGAUUUGAUUGUUCUGCUUGUCAACUUUUCAGUGAAAAGUAUAGAUAUUUGUUUUAUGUAGUUAGCAAACACUGAACAAGGGAUGCGGCCAGAGGAG